AUGACAAAAAUUUUAACAAUAGAUCCUUCCGGAGAGAAAGGAACCAAUGGAGCUUGUUUAGUGGAUACUGAAACCAAACAAGAAACAAAACCAGAAAAGAUUGUUUAUGAAACUACCAAUUUUAUUGAUCCGGAAAAUACUGACCGAAUCAGAAUGACUAGUUUAUUUAAAGUAAUUGGAGUAAUUGAAACAUUUCAACAUUAUUUUGACUUUAUUAAGAGUAUCGAAAGUGUUUAUGUGCGUUCAGUUAAGAUGAUUAAAGAGAGGAUUUAUAAACAAGAACUUUAUACUUCUGGUAUUUCUUAUGAAGCUGGUCGAGGGAAAGCAAAUAGUUUUCUUACUCCUCUAUCUACUCCAUUCAUUCUUUUGAUUGCUGAUUUGGGUAUUUUGGGAGGUAAUUCGAUAUCAGAGGCAAUGUUUAGUUUUCAACUAUCUUUUUUAAAAGAGACAUUGAUAAUCUUAGGAGUUCCUUUUAAAGGAUUA